AUGGCUGCUGCUACUUGUGCUUCUUCUUCUUCUCUGUGCUUUCUGCAGACCAUUAAUGGAAAUAUGCGAAUCGGGUCAUCAUCUACUAUCCAUUUACACAGGCCUCCACGUCACCUAACUCUUCGCUCCGAUCUCGAAUCUAAUGUCUGCGAUAUGACCACUCAUGCUCCAAAAGGUAUAUUCCCACCGGAGCCUGAAAAAUAUGGAGGACCAAAGCUCAAGGUAGCUAUCAUCGGAGCUGGGCUCGCCGGCAUGUCAGCGGCAAUCGAACUUUUGGAUCAGGGCCAUGAGGUGGAUAUAUACGAUAAACGAAGCUCCGUUGGCGGAAAAGUGGGUUCGUAUGUAGACAAACGCGGGAACCACAUAGAAAUGGGUCUCCAUGUUUUCUUUGGCUGCUAUAGCAAUCUUUUCCGUUUGAUGAGAAAGGUUGGUGCUGACAAAAAUUUCCUAGUCAAGGAUCAUACUAAUAUUUUUGUGAAUAAAGGUGGCGAUGUUCGCGAAAUUGAUUUUCGGUUCCCAAUUGGAGCACCAUUUCAUGGAAUUCAAGGAAUUAUGAAGACAAAUCAGCUUGAGAAUAAUGAUAAAGCAGGAAUCGCUAUGGCUUUCGGCCUCAGUCCGAUUGCAAAGGCUCUCCUUGAUAUCGACGGAGCAAUGCACAACAUACGAGAUCUCGAUAAUGUGAGCUUCUCCGAAUGGUUCUUGUCGAAAGGAGGGACCCGCAACAGUAUCGACAGAUUGUGGGAUACUGUUGCGUGUUCCCUCGGCUUCCUCGAUAGUGAUAACAUUAGCGCGCGUUGUAUGUUGACUAUAUUUUCACUUUUGGCUACUAAAACCGAGGCUUCAUUACUUCGGAUGCUUAAAGGCUCCCCGGAAACUUAUUUAAAUGAUCCCAUUCAACAAUAUAUCAUCGAAAGGGGAGGCAGGUUCCAUUUGAGGUGGGGAUGCAGAGAAAUCCUUUACGAUAGAUCUGACGACGGAGAUUUGUAUGUGACGGGGCUUGCGGUAUCAAAGGCUACUCAAAAGAAAACUGUAGAAGCUGAUGCUUAUGUAGCAGCAUUAGAUGUCCCUGGAAUUAAAAGAUUACUCCCGAAAAAUUGGAGGGAGUCGCAAUUCUUCGAUAAUAUCUACAAACUAAUCGGAGUACCCGUUGUCACCGUGCAACUGCGGUACAAUGGUUGGGUUACGGAGAUGAAAGACUUGGAACUUUCACGGAAAUCGAGGGGAGCCGUAGGGCUCGAUAAUCUACUCUAUGCUCCCGAUGCGGAUUUCGCUUGUUUUGCGGACCUUGCAAUCACAUCUCCGGAGGAUUAUUACAUCGAGGGCCAAGGCUCAUUGAUUCAAUGUAUUAUUACACCCGGAGACCCGUACAUGCCUCUAUCAAACGACGAAAUUACGACUAGAAUUUCAAAACAGGUACUGGAGUUGUGCCCAUCUGCCCAAGGAUUGGAAAUAAUACGGGCAUCAGUUGUAAAACUCGGGCAGUCGUUAUACCGCGAAGGGCCGGGCAAAGAUCCGUUCAGACCUGACCAGAAGACUCCGGUCAAGAACUUCUUCCUUGCUGGCUCAUACACAAAACAGGAUUUCAUAGACAGCAUGGAAGGAGCGACUCUGUCCGGCAGACAUGCAUCUGCCUACAUAUGCGAUGCUGGACAAGAUUUGAUCGCAUUACGAAAGGCCGUCUUAGCCACCUCGGACGAGUUCGCCCUGGUUUGAUUAUCACAAUUCCCAUAAAAAAUCGUGUGCCGAUGAACUAUAUAUACGUACAAAAUGCAAAUAACUUUUAGAUACACAAAGAAAACAUGAAUUGAGUAAGUGUAUGUAUACAUGUAUUUUUUAAAACUGUUCACAAAUGUAUAUAUUAAUAUUACAAUGUGCAUUUUGGCGGGAAAUGUGGUUUAGUUCA